CUUGGUUGUGUUUUGUAGUUAGCGAAUUGCUUGUCUUUGGUUGUCAUUUCUGACAGAUAAAUGGCUUCCAAGGAAGGUUUUAAACAAGAUAUGCCCCCUGAAGGGGGCUACAAGCCCAUUCCAUACAAAAGAAUUCCUGCCAAAACCUUCUUCAGCGGUUGGGCCAUUAUAGGGGGAUAUUUGGGCAUGACAGCCGGUGCCGCUUACAUUUACUACUUGAACUGCAAAGCUGUGCACGCCCGCGAACUGGAAGCCAGAAGUGCCAGCUUUGCCAUAUAUCCAAUGCUGUUGGCCGAAAGGGACAGAGCAUACCUUAAACAACUCCGCAGAAACAGGGAAGAAGAACGCGAACUCAUGAAAAACGUUGAGGGAUGGAAAGUGGGCACCUGGUAUGGUGAACCCAUUUAUCAGACCAAAGAUCCAGACACCCUCAACCCACAAACCUACCAUGAAUACUAUGUGCACAAUUCGUGGAAGGAUUACCAGAAGAGAGGCAACCUUGCACUUUUGUCAUAAACUUAUUGGUUUAUGUAGCUCUGUUAGUUUAAUAUAUGAGUAAUUUAAG